UCGCGCACUCUUCUCGCCUUUCCCAACUCCUCUCUCCCGCAUCGUUCUUCGCAAGCAUCAUUCUCCGUUCCAACCACCGCGAUCCUCCCAACCAUCCCGCAUCCUCCCCCCCGUCCGUUGACUCUACGCCACCAUGACUACCGAGCGUGAAAGCAAGACUUUCCUCGCCCGCCUGUGCGAGCAGGCCGAGCGCUACGAUGAGAUGGUCACCUACAUGAAGGAGGUCGCCAAGAUCGGCGGCGAGCUCACCGUUGACGAGCGCAACCUGCUCAGCGUCGCCUACAAGAACGUUGUUGGCACCCGCCGUGCCUCGUGGCGCAUCAUCUCCUCCAUCGAGCAGAAGGAGGAGUCCAAGGGCUCCGACAAGCACGUCUCCACCAUCAAGGACUACCGCAACAAGAUCGAGGCCGAGCUCGAGCAGGUCUGCCAGGACGUCCUCAACGUCCUCGACGACAGCCUUAUCCCCAACGCCGCCACCGGCGAGUCCAAGGUCUUCUACCACAAGAUGAAGGGUGACUACCACCGCUACCUUGCCGAGUUCGCUUCUGGCGAGAAGCGCAAGGUCGCUGCUACUGCCGCCCACGAGGCCUACAAGAACGCGACCGAUGUCGCCCAGACCGACCUGACUCCUACCCACCCUAUCCGCCUGGGCCUUGCCCUCAACUUCUCCGUCUUCUACUACGAGAUCCUCAACUCCCCCGAUCGUGCCUGCCACCUGGCCAAGCAGGCCUUCGACGAUGCCAUCGCCGAGCUCGACUCCCUCUCUGAGGAGUCUUACCGCGAUAGCACUCUUAUCAUGCAGCUGCUGCGCGACAACCUGACUCUCUGGACCUCGUCCGACAGCGCCGAGGCCGAGGGCGCCGCCGACGCCCCGAAGAAGGAGGAGGGCGAGGCCCCCAAGCCCGCCGAGGAGGAGGCCAAGGCCGAGGAGCCCGCCCCCGCGGCCGCCUCUUAAAUCUGCUUCUCUCACCACCCGAUACCAUGGACCUCUCGGCAUACUGGGACCGAGGGGCGAUGCUUGGCCGACUGCUCCGCGUCUAUACCUCUGUAUCUGGCGAGCAGUGGCGUGCCUCUGUUUUUAGGGCUGGCAGGCAGGUGAUAUUGCGCGGGUGCGCAGUGCGUUGAUUUUGUGGCAAUGGCGGGGAGGGAUCACGGCAUGUUUUGCUCCGUCUGGAAGGAAACUGGGUUGGGGGUUCGCGGUCGCGCGUCAAACGUUGUGCGUCGUCCAUGGCCUCUAUCCAUCGGGUUGGAGGGACAUGGCGGCUGUUGUACCACGGCGAGCGUCGUGCUGCCGGCUUCCCUGGGAUGCGAAUAUGUCGAGGAAUGGUCCCCUCUGCCUGAGUUUGCCCUGGUGUUUUCCUUUUUGUCUCGAGACUUAUCGAUUCACGGUUUUGCUGGAUCGACCCCAUGCAAAUGCUGUUUCUGCUUUUUCAAUCCGGUUUUAACUCACCAUCUCCCCCUUACGGCUGUGUCUUCCUCCGAUCUGAUGGCUCGUCGUCUCUCUCGGGAGGGGAGGGAUCAUGACCUCGCAUCGACAGCACACCGUUCACAUCCCCCAAAAGAAAAUGGCCACCCCGGCACGAGGCCACCCAUCCUGGCCAACUGCGACGACCAGCCGGUAUCUCCUCUGCGGUACAUCAAUACCACGAGCGGCACCCAAAAAAAGAAGGAGGAGGCAGGUUGGGCUGUUUGUUGGACGGACACGACCUCGGCGACCGGCAUGUAUUCUCGGCGGACAUCUCGGUCCUCCUCUCGCGGGGGGAACCCGGAACCGCCCGUACGGAUGCUGUCGCUGGACUGCAUAUCGGGGGGACCUCGUUCCCCGUGUAACGUUCCGCUGCCACCCUUCACCCUCUUAUUUCCUUGGCCCGAGUGACGAUGCUGCCUUGCAGGGAGGGAAACUUGUACAGAGGGUCUUGGGCGUGGAUAAUGAACAAGAAAUUAAAAUAAAGCUAUGGCCUAUACUGAGAUUAAGACGUGAC